AGUGAAGGCCCAAGACCUGGGAGUUCUCUCACACCAGAAGCUCACGAACACUAGCAGAGGCAGAUUGUAGCCUUUUGUCUGUAACAACCACCCUUUACCUGGGCCUCAACCCUGAGUCAGACCGUGAGAACUGAGGACAGCGGCAGUUUACAGGACAAAGUUCGGCUAAUAACAACUGAGUAGUUCAGGCGAUCUCAGGUGUUUUCCAACUUCUUAACAGUAUCAGCCCUCCUCACUCCGUGGAUGCUGCAGAGACCCCCUUCAGCACGGGCCACGUGGUGUGGAACCCUGGACAACAUUCUGGCUCAGACGUUGCUUGCCCUCCAACAACACUGCCACCAAUUAAAAAUGAAUGGGAGAACAGACUCCCUCCUAGAGACAGAAGCAGGCUUGAUGGUGGGCGUGUGUGUGGUGAGGGCAGUGGCCAGCCUAGUUCACAGCGCACAGGACCCUAGGCCCUCAGCUACAGAGGGCAGGGCUAGAAAGGGAAGAGGGGAAGUGCUCAAGAUGGACACACAGAGAUGGAUUCCGAGUACGGGUGUGGGCAGUGGAGACCAGGCUACCAGGCUAGUCAGAUCUCAAGGCAGCAAAGGACAGGCGAGGGAGGGCCUGGGUACAUCAGUGUCCACGAGGAACUGCCGCUAGACCUGGCGGUGAGCGGGAGGAAAGGCCUUAGGCCUAGUGACCUCACUGGAAUUCCAGGUGUUCUCCAUCUCUGCAGCCAGCUCAGCAGGAAGGCAGGCAGGGCGGGGCGGGGACCAAGCGUCUCCUUCCAAGGCCUUCUACAGGACCCCAACCCUAAUGGGCCUGGGACCCUUGUCCAUCUGUGUAUUUACUCCUCACCUCCACCAGGCCUGGCUGAUCUCUAGCACUGGGUUGGGAGGGAGAUGUAAAGUCUCAAACCAGACAAACAGCUGAGGUGCCUACUUAACAGAUCAAAGCAGGCCUAGCUGCCAGGUUCUCCCUGCAUCCCUCAGUCAGUUACAGGGUAUGGCUGGCAUACCCUACUCCCUACCCUGAACUCUCCAGUGCAGGGGGCACGGAGCUAGGCUGCUCUUGAUCCAACCUUUUGGUUACCCACCCCUUUUGUACAUUUGGCCUCCUGGCUCCUGCACCUGGUUGCCCCCACUUCGGAUCUCCUCACAAGGCUCAGGGUCAUGUCCGCUCUGGACUCUCACAGAGACAGGUCUCUGACUCUAGCUAUGAUCUCCGUUUUAUCCUCCACUCUACCUGAGAGCAGUCCUAUCCCUUCCUUUUUUCGUUUUCUCAUUCAGAAGGGGUGUUAAGGGUGGGGCCUGCCUGGCAUCACUACCUGCCCAUCAGUCCAUAUGGAGUAGUCACACCAAGGGAUUCUGGGUUCUACUGAUCCCCAGGCCCAAGAAGGAAGUGGAGCAAGAUACUCAAGUGACCCAGAACAGGGCAUGCAGACCAUAAUACCCUCCCUCAGGCCUGGCCUUUAGAGCAAGAGAAUGUCUAAGAUACAGAGUGACCCUAGCAGGACAGCCAUGGAGCCUCUAGAUAAACCUUCUCCGAAUGUGCUUGCCAGCAGGAGGGGACAGUGAGCAGGCCCAUGGCUUCUGGGCCUUGAGCUGUGUGAUCUGUGCCCACCGGCAGCUCGGAUGACAUGAAUUGGUCAUCUUUUGCGGGAUUCCGCCUCGCCUUCAGAACAGCCCGUGGAGACCCUAGCAUUUGAAAUAAAAGCACUAUGUCUUCAUAAAAAAGGGUGUACAAGGCCUCCACAGGCUGACCUGCAAAACCAUACAGGUGACAUAAGGCUAAGAAACUGGGGCCCAUGUGGGUGACCCAGGGCCAUGGGUGGUAGGAUCCAUGCUCGUGCCUAGGGUCCAUCAGGGAGGCCCCAGGUUGACCUUGGCUCUUCAGGGCCUGGCUGUGACUUUUACCAGGAAACCCACUGCGUAGACCUCAGGCCUCUAUUGGCCUCUCAACUUAAGAUUAGGAGGGUGGAAGUGAUGGACACAGUCUCCUGACUUGGCUGGAAUAGCCCUGGCUUAGGCUCCAGGAUGACGCUCUUUAGACCGGACUCUGGCAAGAGACCAACUUUCAGCCAUCUAAUUCUGGCCCUUGAGGGAUGAGGACCUAAGACCUGGGCUCUUUGGAAUCAUUGUCCCACAGUGGGGAGAAGGUCUGCUAAUAGCAAGAGUUGUACACGUUUCAGACGUUAAUUUUACAGUCUUCAUGUUCUGGGUAGCUAGAAACUGUGAAAACCCUCGUGGGCCCCACUCCACCUGCUCGAGUGCAGAGUAUGGCACUGUUGGUGGCACCACAGGCUCCUCACGACACCUUCUGACCCCUUGUGCAAACAGGAUAACAUCGGGACUAUCUGGUACCCAACAGGCCAUGUGGAUAUGAGUUCUGCCUAGAGAGCCUUCCAGACAUUCACCGGUGCUGGUAGGAUUUGGCAUACAACCUCUUGGAUGGGUGCUAGUCUGGCAGAAGCAGAGAUGGGCUUUUCUGGACCCUGCCUUAAGGAGACCUUAAGUGGCCUUGCAAUGGUCCAGAGAGGGAGCCACACACGCAUGAGAGGGAAUUUCUUUCUUCUGACUUUUAAACUACCCAAACUCUUGAGAAGCCAACAAUGGGUACCCCCAAAGAACACCCCGAGGGGAGCAUAUGGAGUGUGUGACAACGCUAAGGUUCUAUUCACUAUAAACCUCAGAUCCCUUGAGGGAAUUCCAAAAGCACUUCUGGGUCACAGGGACUGGAAGCAGUCAUGGGCACCCAGAAAGCAGGUGUCUCUAGGAUAUUGGCUGUCUGUGCUGGAUGGUUUUAUGUCAACUACAUGUAAGCUAAAGCCAUCUGAGAGGAGGGAAUCUCAACUGAGAAAAUGCUACCAUAAGAUCAGGCUUAGGGCCCGGAAAUGCAUCUGCUUGUCUCGGGCGAGAUGGCUUCAAGGUUACUUCGCGGAGUGGGCGCUUUGGCGGCGCAGGCCCUGAGGGCCCACGGUCCCCGUGGCGUGGCCAUGACCCGCUCCAUGGCUUCUGGAGGUGGUGUCCCUACUGAUGAGGAGCAGGCUGCCGGGCUGGAGAGGGAGAUCAUGAUAGCAGUACAGAAGGGACUGGACCCACACAAUAUGCUACCUCCAAAGGCAGCUUCGGGCACCAAGGAAGACCCUAAUCUAGUCCCGUCCAUCAGCAACAAGAGAAUAGUGGGCUGCAUCUGUGAAGAGGACAACUGUACUGUCAUCUGGUUUUGGCUGCACAAAGGCGAGAGUCAGCGAUGCCCCAACUGUGGAACCCAUUCCAAGCUGGUGCCCCACCAAAUGGCCCACUCAGCCCCUAUGUUAUCUUUUCAGAAUGUAAAGAAAAACUUCUCUCUAAUAAAGACUAGCCAUUGCACUGGCUCCUCCCAUAAAAAAAAAAAAAGAUCAGGCUUAGGGAAGCCUUUAGGGCAUUUUCUAGUGGGUGGUGCCAUCCUG